UCCCCCCAGCAGCUUUGCGAAGCGGCUCCUGGUGACCGGGGGUGCUGGUUUCAUGCCUUGAACAUAGAAGCUCCAAGAAACGAUUUUUGGAUUAUGGUAGGACAUUCUUUUAUUUAGCGGGUUUAAAAAAACAAAACAAAACCCUGUUAAUGGUGCUUUGACCUGGACUAGGUGUGUGAUGCCUCCUUCCCUCUCACACCCUCAUGCAAUCAGUAAGUCCUCUUUCACUGCAUCCGAAGUGAAUACUUCUACACCCACUCCUAUCCUAGUCCACGUUACUGCCUUCUUCUGCCUAGAUCACUGUUGUAGCUUCCUGUUGGUCAUGCUGCUUCCCCUCUUGUUCCCUUAAAAUCUGUUCUGCACACAGAAGUCAGUGUUUAUUAAGUAAAUAAGUGCAUAGAGUUUUACCCCAGUGGUUCCUGUCAAACUUAGAAUAAAACCAAGACUCUUUAGCAUAUCUAGAAGACUCAAGUGUCCAGGCCCUGGUUUUCCAACCUGGUCUGACAUUCCACCUCUUUUUGGAGUUUCUGGAACAGAUGAAGCCCAUUCCCCCUGACUUGAGGCCUUUGCACUCGUUUCCCCUUUGGUUAGGCCGCUUAUAUCACUUAGUUCGAUGGUUAUUGAGAUACAGCCUCCUGGGACAGGCGUUACCUGGCCAUCCUAGAUAAAAUAGCCCCUUUCCCCACUAACAUACUAAUCACCACCCACAAUUAUAUUGUGUAUUAGUGUUUACUUACUUACUGCCUGCAUCUCUACUCUAGAAUGUAAAUUGGAUGGGAGCAGAGACUCUUGUUCAUUAAGCAUCUGUAAGAAUGCCUGGCUUGUUUAACAGAGGUGUUCAGUAGUUACCAAAUUGGUGAAUACAUUGGUACCAACAGGAAACUCGCAAUGUCUAGUGAAAGACGAACAUGGGAAUCGCCUCCCCUCCGAGCACAUUAAAUCACCUUUUCAAAUCCGACAAUAAGGAGGGUACCAGGCAGGCAAGGUUGGUUUACCGAAUGUGAAGAGGGGUGUGGGCAUAAAAGGGUGUGAGAGGGAUGGUCCUGAAAGGGCAAGUCCCAGAAAAUGCUGUGAAAGGGCUGUCAAGUACAAACUCUGAGUUCAUAAUUUGGUCAGAGGCAGCCCUUGUUCCUGAGAACCCAAUGUUGUGUAUAUGAGAAAACCUGAAUGACAGAUCAUCUCACUGAGUCAUGCCUGUGGUUCGACUUCAAGGUCCUCAGAAACCCAGGAGCCACCAUGGCUCUCCAGCUCCGGAUGGCCUCAGCUAUUAUUAGCUUUGGAAACCUAGAUUUAAUCUAGAACUUCCCUGAGGCUUGUAGUUUACAUCACCAAAUUCUUGUACCAAGAGAUAGCAAUUGCAGUAGGGUUACUGUGAACAUAGGCAACUCCUGUGCUCAGACUAAUUAAUUUUUGCAGUUAUACCUACAGUCUCUUAAAGGAUAUGUUAUAAUUUCAGUAUGUUUGUACUGACCACCACUCAUGGUAUUUAUCAUCCUGCUUCACUCCCACACUCAAAGCACAUGUGGACAAAAUUAUUUGGUUAAACUAUUUUUUUUCUUGUACCCAGAACCAGUAAAUUCUCUUUUCCCCACAGUGCAAAAGAAUAUCGGUGCAUCAAUACUGAUUAUUUAUUAUGUUGAGAAAGUUAGUAAAAGGGCAGGGGAGGGAGCAUAUUCAAUGUAGUUAUGUUAUUUCUGUUAUUUUGCUGAAACUUAAAGGUAUCUUUGAAUAGUUUCCUAAUAGCAUAUGGUAAUAUUUAGGAAAUGUUAAGAAUUGAGGGAAAAGGUUAAAUUUUCUACUAACAAAAGCACUUUUUUCCUUGAAGCGCAUCACAUGUGAUUGUCUCUUUAGUAGAAGAUUAUCCAAACUAUAUGAUCAUAAAUCUAGACAAGCUGGAUUACUGUGCAAGCCUGAAGAAUCUUGAAACCAUUUCUAACAAACAAAACUACAAAUUUAUACAGGGUGACAUAUGUAAUUCUCACUUUGUGAAACUGCUUUUUGAAACAGAGAAAAUAGAUAUAGUACUACAUUUUGCUGCACAAACACAUGUAGAUCUUUCAUUUGUACGUGCCUUUGAAUUUACGUAUGUUAAUGUCUAUGGCACUCAUGUUUUGGUAAGUGCUGCUCAUGAAGCCAGAGUGGAGAAGUUUAUUUAUGUUAGCACAGAUGAAGUAUAUGGAGGCAGUCUUGAUAAGGAAUUUGAUGAAUCUUCACCCAAACAGCCUACGAAUCCUUAUGCAUCAUCUAAAGCAGCUGCUGAGUGUUUUGUACAGUCUUAUUGGGAACGAUAUAAAUUUCCAGCUGUCAUCACACGAAGCAGUAAUGUUUACGGACCACAUCAGUAUCCAGAAAAGGUUAUUCCAAAAUUUAUAUCUUUGCUACAACACAACAGGAAAUGCUGCAUUCAUGGAUCAGGGCUUCAAACAAGAAAUUUCCUUUAUGCUACUGAUGUAGUAGAAGCAUUUCUCACUGUCCUCAAGAAGGGAAAACCAGGUGAAAUUUAUAACAUCGGAACCAAUUUUGAAAUGUCAGUUCUCCAGCUUGCCAAAGAACUAAUACAACUGAUCAAAGAGACCAGUUCGGAGUCUGAAAUGGAAACCUGGGUUGAUUAUGUUAAUGAUAGACCUACCAAUGACAUGAGAUAUCCAAUGAAGUCAGAAAAAAUACAGGGCUUAGGAUGGAGACCCAAAGUGCCUUGGAAAGAAGGAAUAAAGAAAACAAUUGACUGGUACAGAGAGAAUUUUCACAACUGGAAGAAUGCAGAAAAGGCAUUAGAGCCCUUUCCAGUACAACCACCAUUUGUAUAGUGAGGACAGUUUUCAGAGAAAGAAGAAAAUUAUCCUACCUCGACAAGUGAUAUGAAAUCAAGUGAUGAGACCAAGUGUCCUCUUCAUAUGGAAUUAGAUUGUGACUUUUUGCAUAAAAUUCAAAUGCGAAAUGCCUCAGUCUUUAGAAUAGUUUUAGUAUUGCCAUAGGAUUUAAAUAUCAAGAUUCUUUCAGAAACCUUUUCUACUGAAAGUCAGGAAUCAGUAAGCCUAGGAAGAGGAGGGUGCCUGGAAGGAGGAAUCUCACAGUUCUGAGAACCAGGGUGGGGAACAGCUCUGCACGGAUGACAGCCUUCCCUGGCACUGAACUCACCUUCCCAGCCUUUCCCACUGCUCAGAUAGUCUCAAGUUUUUGUUUUUAGGCAAUAUAGGAUAAGCCAUAUGCUCUCAUUCAUCUUUUUGUAAAGAUCUGAUGUGCUAUAAUUGCUUUAAAAGGGGAACAAUGUAAAAAUAUCUAGCACUUUUUAACUUUUGAUAAUUUUGUAAAAUUAAGUUAAAUGUUUUUUAAAAGGAGGAUGUCAUUUUUAUAUUUUCAAAAUCAGUUUUUGAACUAUAUAUAGGUAACCAUGUAUGAAAGAAAUUUUAUCAUGUAUUUACCAUUUAAAAUGAUUUUAUUUAUAAAAGUAUCAAAAUUUUAAUGUAUUUAAUGUAGAAUGUG